UAACAUUAUAUUAAUAUUUGUUCAGUUUAGUGUAGUGUAAAGUGUAAAGUAUUUCAUAAACCACACGUAACCAAUAUUUUUGCAUCGCUGCAAUAGUCACUUUUGUUAUAGUAGUUAUGAGUAGCUUAGCGGUCAAUAAAAAUUUAAUAGUGGUAGCCAAAGGUCUUCACUUGGAUGUUUUUGAUGGGUCGGAUCACAAUGUAGUCCACAUUACACCGAAAGGAAAACCACAAGCUGGCGACUACAUAGUGGAUGUUAUUAUAUCUACUGACAGUAAAUAUGUGGCUAUAAUUACAGCAUUAUCGAAAGAGUUGAUUCUGUUUGACUUACCACUUUCCUCUCGAACUAGAAAUUUUGAACUGCCAAGAAGUGCCAGCAAAAUAAGGUGUUCACCAGACAACUCCAAGAUACUGGUUGCUGACAAAAGUGGAGAUGCACUUGAGUAUGACAUAAACAGUGAGGUCCAAAGCAGCAACAAGAUUUUAGGACAUUUAAGUUUAUUACUUGACAUUCUUCAAACAAAUGAUAAGAAGUACAUUGUUACUACAGACAGAGAUGAGAAAAUUAAAGUAUCUUGUUAUCCAAAUACCUAUAACAUACAGACAUACUGUUUGGGACACAAAGAGUUUGUGAAUCACAUUGAACUGUUGCCUCACAAUGACACAUAUUUACUGAGCACCUCAGGCGAUGGGAUGAUCAAAAUCUGGAAUUAUGUUAAUGGUACUAUUUGCCAUACAAUUGAAACUAAUAAAGAUGUAAAUGAUGAUCAACUUAAACUACAGUUCAUUAAAUCAAUGGAUGAUGAUGGUAUUCAAGUGAGUGCCUUGCCCGUGGUGCAUUGUGCUGUUGCCCAGUUGAGUGACGCCGCCAGCCUAGUGGCAGUCACCAUACACACUCUCAAUGAAAUACUCAUCUACACAGUUCAUCUUGAAAAUGAAAGAUUUGUACACAAAUUGAAAGAAAAACUGACUCUUGAAAAUUUCCCUACAGCAAUCCAAUUUGAAAAUUCUAUGUUGUAUGUGUAUUAUGAACACAAAUGCAGUGUUCGAGUUUAUAGAGUAUCUACUGAUGAUGCAGUAGUGUUUGAUGCAGAAAUUAAAAUGUUUAAGGAGCUUUCGGAUGAUGUAGUCGUGAACGAGGCACAUAGUUCUAUAAAAGUUUUAUACAAGAGAAAGUUUGAUAAUGUGCAGGAAUACCAAGAACGGAAAAAGCUAAGAUUAGAAAAAUCAUAACAUCUUUGUUAUCAUUACAUAACAUGUCUGAGGUUAUGUCAUAAUUUAUGUAUAAUGCUAAUUAAAUAAAAAAUGUUUCAUUAA